UGAAAGUUGGCGCUGCGUCUGCGACGGCGCCUUGAAGCAAAAAGCUUUGGCAAAACAAUUUUUUUUGAAUGCGCAGGCGUGCAACGGUUUUUUCUGUGUCUCUUUGGUACUUUUGGCCACGAUUUUUGUUUUUGUUAUCAUUUUUUUCGUCCGUUGUGUGUGCUGAAGCUAGAUGUGUAGUGAAAAGCAUAUUUUUGCGAAUAUUUAAGUCGGUAUGUUGUUGAUUGUUUUUUUUUUGUAAUAUUUAUUUUUUGUUUGGUGCUUGUACGAUCGUUUUUUUUACAAACUCAAAUAUGCAAGAAGAUUAAUAACGGCAACCGCAAGGCAACAACAACAACAAAAAAAACAACAACAACAAGAAAAGUCAACAACAAUUACGAGUGCGAGUGUGAGUGCGAGUGUGAGUGCGAGUACGAGUUCGAGUACUCGUUGCAGGCAAUACGAUCAGAGGAAGAGUUUGCCGCACGUUGAGUUAUGUCUGGUGCUACACACAUGGCGCUGCCGGCGCACGCAGUGGUGCCCUUGACUGCACCAGCGACCACAGCAAUCGCAAUCGCCACAGCAACACCCACAGCAGCUACAACACUUGGCUUGCCACAAUCAUUGGGGGGAAAGCGUGGUCAUAAGCGUUCCGUAUCGUUGGAGAACAAUGCGCCGCUGGCACUGCGCAGCACACCAAGUCUGGGGCCAUCGGCAUUGGGAUCGCCGCUGCUGCAGCUGUCGACGGCACAUGGCGGUGGCUUGUUGCACACGGGCACGCUGAAGUCGCGACAGGAGCAGCGCAGGUUGAGUCAAAAGUUUGGCAGUCACAGCAAUCUGGAUGAUGAUGCUGCCAUGUCAGCGCCACAGAUGCGCAGCAAGUUCCAAAACAUACGGCAAAUGUUCGAGCUAAGUCGCAGCUGUGUUGCCAGCAACAACAGCAGCAGCAGCAGCAGUAACAGCAACAGCAACAUCGCCAAUGGCGCCGCAGAGCUGAGCGAGUGCAAAUCGUUGGCCGAGGAGGCAGCGUUGCAAUCGCUGCCGGCAAUGCUGAAUCAACAGUCGCAAACUGUGCGCCGGACCACGCCCAUUGCGGCUGCCAGUCGAUUGGCCAUAAGUGAGCAACAGUUGCAGCUGCAACAGCAACAGCAACAACAGCAGCAGCAGCAGACAGGCGAGGCCAUGGAACAGCACAAUAGUGGCAACUAUCUGCGUCCCAUUGCCUUCAAGCCCAUUCCCUUUGAGCCGGACUAUCGCAUUGCUUUACAGCAGCAGCAACAGCAUCAGCAGCAACAACAUCAUCAUCAUCAUAAUCAUAAUCAUCAGCUGCAGCAACAGCAGCAGCAGCAACAAUUGCAACUGCAGCAGUCUGGAGCGGGAGUGGGAGUGGGAGUGGGAGGAACGAUUGCGGGACAACAGAGUGUGACAGGCGAGCGUUAUGGCUACGGCUCGACACCUUCGUUGGCGCCACUUGCCACAGCAGCGAGCACCACACACAAAUUUGGCAGCACAACGGAUCUGCGUCAUCUGGCAACGCGUCGUCGCGGCCAUCGCAUUGUUCAGCGCACAAGCAAUGAGGAUGGCCUUGGGCUGGGGUUGGCCCUCGGCUUGGGACUGGGUCUGGAUUGUUUGUCAUCCUCGCACGAUAGACCAGACGGUGCCAGCAGCAAGGGCAGCGUGGCGGCAGCUGGCAGCGAUUUGACGCCUUCACCCUCGGACUCGGGCAUUUCGGAGCUGGAGGCGGCGCUCAAGGAUCGUGACUCGGAACUGUCGUAUCUGCGACAGGCCAUGGAACAGAAUGAGAAAGUAAUUUUCAAAGUCCAAAAGGAUAAGGAAGUGUAUUGGGAGCAUGAGACACAGCGCCUGAAGCUCUUCUAUGAGAGCCAACAGCGCGAGUAUCAGCUCAAGUUUAAGAAGAUGGAACAACUGCUCGCCCUGCAGCAGUUCCAGCUGAAGCAGCACAAGUUGCGCCAAUCCGAGCAGCUGCAGAAGCUUCAGCAGCAACUCGACCUCACCAGGUGCAGCAACAAGAGCCUUAAGAACUCCGAGCAGCAGCUACAGUGCUCGACCCUCGAACUGAAUCAGCAGCUGAACGAUGCACACCAGACGAUGGCGUCACUGCGCCUCCAGCUGGAGGACAGCGAGUGGAAGGUGUGCGAGCGGAAUGGCGAGAUAGCUUUACUCAAGACGCAGCUCAAGGAGGCGCAUCUUGAAAUCAACAUGAAGGACCAUGCAAUUGUCAGUUUGAGGCACAGCAACAACAUCACCAGCGGGAGCAACAAAACCAACAGCAACCACAUCAACAACAACAAUAACAACAACAAUUGUAAUAACAAUAACAACUGUAAAACAACCACAUGCCAAAGUCAACCAAAGCAGCAGGCGGAGGAACAGCAGCAAAAACAACAAGAGCAACAGCAGCGAAAACAACAGCAGCAACAACAGAGAGAAAGAGAGCAACAGCUAGAGGAGGAGACAGAGCAACAGUUGCAGCAGCUGAACAAGAUCAUUGCGCUCAAGGAUCAAGUGAUUGGUGCACUGACCAACGAGCUAGCCAAGCUGCGCAAGGAGCUCUCCGAUCUGGCCAUUGCUCACGAGUAUGGCGAAGAGCCUUGCGGUCGCUACACGCGUCUCAAGCAGCAGUUGGACAAUCUGAAUGAGAUUUGCCAGAAGACGCGCAAAUACACCAAGCAAGUGACACAACAGCAACAGCAACAACAACAACAACCGGUUGUUGUUGUGCCAACGCAACAGAAUCAACUGGAUGCGAUUAUGGAGCGACUGCAGCUGCAACAGUCGCAAGGGCAGCCAUCGCAACAGACACUCGACACACUGAUCGAGGAGUCGACAACGUAUGCCGAAGACAUUGCCAAGCUGCGCGAGAAACUCGACGAUUUUCGCAUCAAUCUGGAGCUGGAGAAGCGUCAGUGGUGUGCCGAAAAGGAUAAAGUGCUCAGUUAUCAGAAACAGCUGCAGGCCCACUACAUUCACAUGUAUCAGAAGCUGCGUUGCCUCGACAAUGCCAACAGCAAUGCGGCAUCGCCAGUCGCCGCCAUGGAGGUCAGCAAUCUCAGCUGAGCUGCAGCGCAACAUUUACUAUAUAAACAUUUAUUUUGAUGAGGUUUCUACUUUUACUACGUCACAAAAUUCCAUUAUUCAAUUUCUUUUGGUGAUUUGGCAGAUCAGCAAAAUUAAAUUAAACAACAAAUGAUCUGCGUUAGCUGACCCGAACUUUUUCCAAUCAGUGUGUGUGUGGCAAAACUUCUCUUCGAAAUCCUUCACACUCUGCCGAUAGUUAUCAAUAAAAGUCUGGCGAUCAUGCUUUUGUAGAAUUUAUAUAUCUUCAACUUUCAAAUCAAUAUAUGAUUCUUCUUAAUCUGCACAUUUUUUGCAGUUCGAAAUUCUAGUUAACUAACUUUUUAUUUAUUUUUCA